GUAUCAGGUAGUAGAUAGUCGAGAAGCUUUAACUUCUGUAUAAAUAUAAAAUAUAAUUAUGUUUAUUUUAUUUAUAUUACCUUAUUGUUUUUUCGUGAGUGCACUCCCACAAGAUGAGUUUAUAUUUGAAGUUCCAAAUGAAAUACAUCCUGUUGUUCCUGAUAUAGCAAAAAUAUCAUCGGAAGAUUUAAAGAUUCUUCAAAAUUCAGAUCAGGAUCCGGAAGUGCGUCCUGGACUAUUUGAAGGGGAUAUAGCCAUGUCCAAUGAAUAUUACAAUCACUGGCGAAUUGGUUUACGAUGGGACGUUUUUCCAGAAAAAAUAUGGGAAAAAAGAACAGUACCCUAUGUAAUUAGUCCACUUUACAAGCCAUCUGAUUAUGUUACUAUUUAUAAAGCGUUAACGUAUUUGAAUUACAUGACAUGUGUAAAAUUUAUUCCAUGGAAUGGAGAAGCUAAAGAUUUUGUUGUAAUAUGGCCAAUAAAAUAUCCACAAGGUUGUUGGUCAUAUGUGGGAAAAACUGGAGGCGUACAAAUUUUGUCAUUACAACCGCCUGAUGAAAAAGGUCCCAAUUGCUUAGGAACUGAGGGGAAAGCAGUUCACGAAUUAAUGCAUGCUUUGGGAAUUUUUCACGAGCAAAGUAGAGCUGAUCGCGAUAAAUUUGUGAAAGUCAAUUUCAAUAAUAUUAUAUCAAGAUUUAAAGGAAACUUCGCAAAACACAGUGCAACUAAUACAACUUACAAUUACGAAUAUGAUUAUGAUAGUAUAAUGCAUUAUGGAAGUCAUUAUUUUAGUAAAAGCAAACGAAAGCCAACCCUUGAACCGCUAAGGUCAGGUGUAAAAUUAACAGGUCAACGAAAAGCAAUGACGAAAACCGAUUGUCUAAAGGUUAACGAACUUUACGGCUGUUUGCAAAAGCCAUCAUUAGCUCGUAGAUAUCAUCAUCUUUGUCAAACAUUAGGUAUAUAAAACACUAUUUAAUUUUUUCAAGUUAAACCUUAUCAAUUAAUUAAAAAAAUAUAUAUAUAAUUAUUUUUACAAGGAAAACACAAAUAUAACUUUUUUUUAUAAGAAAAACUCAAAAAUGUUUUCUCUUUUUUUUAUUCCAUAUCUAAAACAUGACAUUGAUGUGCAAUAAUUUACCAAAUGAUAUUACAUGUAUUGUAAGUUAUUUUUAACACAGUUUGUCGAUGGUAAAGUUCUUUUUCUAAUGAUCAAGAUAAAAAAAAAAAGUUAUAAUGAAUAGUCUUAACAAUGCUCAGACUACUCUGAGACGUUGGAAUGAAUACUGAAGAUUUCGUUCUAAACCGAGAUUAAAUUUAAUCUUUGGACUAACAGUGAUCGCAAACGUUAUUUUUUUUAAAUUUACCGUAAUUGCUAUCAAAAGUUUUAUUCAUUUUUUUCAUUAAUUUUACUUGUAACCUGCUACAAGUUAAUGAAAAUUUAUAAACAAACGUCUGUUUGCUUUUGUCAAAAAUAAUUAAAAAAAAAUAAAAAAAAUAAUAACUUUCAGACGUUUGACUCAAUAAAAUAAAAUUAACGAAAAAUUAUUUUUUAAUUGUAUUACUAUUUUUUUUUUUAGUUUAUUAUCUCGGUAAAGAAACGAUCUUUCAUUAACUGGAACGUCUGAAAAAUUAGACAAAAGCAAACAGACGUUUAUACUGAGAAAAUUUUCGCGUCAAUAAAUGAUAAAAAUGUAUCCAAGCUUUAGAAUACUAAUUCUUUUUUUUUUUUUUUUUUUUUU